AUGGCUGACAGAGAAGUUUUAAGAGAGUCUUCAAGUGGAGACGAGAACUUGGAGAAUUGUUGGUUAGAUGUCAGGAAUAGACGCCGCUUUAAGAGGCAAGGCCAGCUGGAACGCAGGAGACGGCUUAGUGUCGGCUUUGAGUUCCCUCAUGGAGAUGAAACGGAUUGUCCUUCCUUCUUCCGGAUUAAUCCCAAGAAAUUUCCUCAGUUUGUGGGUUUAGUUCAGCUGCUCCUGUAUUUCCAGUGGAACUGGGUUAGGCUUCUGGCCUUUGAAGAUGAGAGGGGAGAAUGUUUCAUCUCAUCUCUGCUGCCAAUGCUCAAGGAGAAGGAGAUCUGCCUGGCCUUCCCUGAAAUAUUCAAAUUUGGCAUUCCUGUUAUUAAUGUGUUGGGAUUACGUCUUGUUUUCAAGAUUUUGCUUAAAGUUGAAGUGAUUAUUCUGCUUGGAGACUCCACUACUAUUGCAUUGAUCCUUGCCCAUUUGAGGAAUGUCCUGUUCAACAACAGUGUUGGAGAUGAAGUCUCCUUCUCAGAAAAUGGACUGGGACCUGCUCAUUACGAUCUUCUCAACUGGGUUUUCCACCCCAAUCAAUACUUUGCCCCCUUGAAAGUUGGACUCAUACCCAAGAGCUACCAGCAGUUCCUGGCUGUGGUAUAUGCAAUCAGAGAGGUCAACAAGGAUCUGGUUCUCCUCCCCAAUAUCACCCUCGGUUUCCAAAUUUCCGACAAUCACAAGAUUGAGAGAAGUAUUUCAAUAAUCAGCCUCUCCCUGCUCUCCACACGAGGGCGAAUGAUUCCAGGUUAUAAAUGUGACAGGCAGGAUACUCUGCUCUCUGUAAUUGGAGGCUUCAUCCCCAAAUCUUCAAGGCAGAUGGCCUCCAUCUUCAGCAUCUACAAAGUCCCACAGUGGAACUGGGUUGGGCUUGUGACCCCUAAAAGUGACAGUGGAGAACAUUUCAUCUCAUCUCUAAUGCCAAUGCUCAGGGAGAAGGAGAUCUGUGUGGCCUUCACUGAAAUAUUGAAACCGGAUAAUUUUCUCGAUACAUGGAAUACAUUUCGUCUCUUUUUAAAAAACUGUUGUCAAACUGAAGUGAUUAUUCUCUUUGGAGACCCUCAUACUAAUGCAAAUCUACAGUCCGCUCUGCAUUUUUAUGUAACGUCCACAAAGUCAAUGCCUCAGAAAGUUUGGAUCCUAACUUCCCAAUGGAAACACAACGUGGUGGCAGCUAAAGAUGCAUUGCCAGUUAUAAAGCCCUUCCAUGGGUCUUUGCAGUUAAGGGACCACACAGGGGAUAUCUCAGAAUUCAGAGAUUUUCUCCUAUCUUUAGACCCUUUUAACCCAGAAGGGGACAACUUUCUCCCACAGUGGUGGGAAAAGGUCUUUGACUGCGAGAUCCAGAAACUAGGAAUGAUCAUUCCAAAGAAGAAAUGUACAGGAAAGGAGAAUGUACAAAAUGUGCCCGCUCACAUUUUUGAAAUCAGCAUGACAAGUGCAAGUUAUAACAUCUACAAUGCCAUUUUUGCUCUGGCACACGCAUUGCAUGCAAUGUAUGGAUCAGGAGUGAGACAAGACCUGCUGAGGCUUGGAAAGGUGAUCUCAAAUGUCUAUUCAUGGCAGAUCCUUGCCUAUUUGAGGAAUAUCCACUUCAACAACAGUGCUGGAGAGGAGAUCUCCUUCUCAGAAAAUGGACUUGGAUCUUCUCGAUAUGAUAUUCUCAACUGGGUUUUCCUCCCCAAUCAAUCGUUUGUCGCUGUGAAAGUUGGGCAAGUAGAUGCUGGGACUCUCCCAGGCCAAGAGUUCAACAUUAACUCUGAUGCAAUCAUCUGGGUCACAAAGCCUACCAUCAGUGUCACGGAUGAUUUGCUCUUUUUGAUCCUCUAUAUAACACACAUAGUUCAUUCCAUCACUACAUUUGUGAGUUGGCCACAGCAGAAAGGAGGCAGACAUGUCACCCUGAUGGGAGGGAUAAUGCUUACAGCAGAUGCCCCUGAAAUCCUUAAACAAAGAUUCUUCAUUUCAGAUGCUGCUCACUGUGACCUCUGCCCAGAAGACCGAUACCCCAAUGAACACAAGAACCACUGCAUUGCCAAGAGGAUCCACUUCCUCGCCUAUCGAGGGACCCUGGGAUACACUUUAUUAUGUCUUGCUCCUUUUCUCUCUAUGAUCACAUUGGGAGUCCUGGUGAUUUUCCUUAAACAUCACGAAACACCGAUUGUCAAGGCCAACAACCGAGAUCUCACCUAUAUCCUCCUGGUCUCCCUCCUGCUCUGCUUCCUCUGCUCCUUCCUCUUCAUUGGUCGACCCAGGAAGAUCACCUGUCUCUUCCAACAAACUUCAUUUGCCAUCCUCUUUUCCCUUGCAGUUUCCUCUGUCUUGGCAAAAACUGUCAUGGUGGUUCUGGCAUUUAUGGCCACCAAGCCUGGGAACAAGACAAGGAAACUCUUAGGAAAACCACUGACCAAUUCCAUUGUCAUAGCCUGUCCCCUGAUCCAAGCCCUUCUUUGUGCCACCUGGCUGGCAAUUUCUCCUCCAUUUCCUAACAUGGACUUCCACUCCUUAGUAGGAGAGAUCAUCUUGGAAUGUAAUGAAGGCUCAGCUUCAAUGUUUUAUGCUGUCCUCGCCUACCUGGCUUUCCUGGCCUUCAUCAGUUUCACAGUGGCUUUUCUGGCUAGGAAAUUGCCCGACAGUUUUAAUGAAGCCAAGUUCAUUACUUUUAGCAUGCUGGUCUUUUGCAGUGUUUGGAUCAGUUUUCUUCCCACCUAUCUGAGCACCAAAGGGAAAUCCAUGGUGGCUGUGGAGAUCUUCUCCAUCUUGGCCUCUGGAGCUGCUCUCCUGGCUUGUAUCUUUUUUCCCAAAUGCUACAUUAUCUUACUGAGACCCCAUCUGAAUUGUAGGGAGAAUAUAAUGAGUCACAAAAAUCUCUGA